AUUUUGCUGCACCACAUAAGUCAGAGCAUAGCUUAUCUAAAAACUAUAUAAAUAGAUGUCCAACGACAGCCACCACGACCAUUGUGUGAGGAAUCUUGCCAAGAUGAAGACAAUACUAUUCUUUGCGCUGUUGAUGUGCAUUUACAUGGCCUGCACCUUGGCGUUACCACAACCUGGUAAUGCUGAGGUAUUGCAGCCAUCAGAGUCGAGGUGGGGAGGAAACUGGGGCCGAGGAGGUGGCUACGGUGGUAGCUGGGGCGGCGGAGGUUAUACAGGAGGAUGGGGUCGCGGAGGUGGUUGGGGAGGUGGUUGGGGACACGGCGGAGGACGGGGUUACGGUGGUCACGGAUGGGGAAGAUAAAACAUACGUCAAAAUAUAACGAAAACCAUUACAUUAAAAAAUAAGUGACGAAAUUGAAUAAAAUUCUUCCGUAAUAAUAUUAUUCUGUACGUGUGUAA